AAGUUGGCGAUUGCUGCGGUCGCUGCUGUCAUCCCCAAGUCAAAUAAUAAAGUAUUUUUUAUAUUUUUUUGGCAUAAAAUCGAAGCAUAAAAUAAGUUCAAUUGAAUAGUUGCAAACGGUGCAAGAAGUGCAGCAAGCGGGUAGUAAGACGUGCGAAUUUUUGGCACAUGUAUCGAACACAAUUAAAUGCACACAAUAUUGUGUUCAUCCUCUCGCUGCAACCCGCGUUUUUUUUUUUAUUUGUUUGUUUGUGUUAUGGUAUGCUGAAAGCUUUUGUAUAACAAAAAAUCAAAGUGAGCCACUUAAAAACUGAACAAUUAAUCAAGCAACCAGUCAAAAAAAAAAAAAAACAGUUUAAAACACGCACAAGAGCAGACAUUAUAUCAACAACAACAAGAAGAGGAAACAGAAUCAAGCAAAAUGGCUGCACAACAGCAGCUAUUGGCUUUGAUGUCAUCGGCCUCCGGUCACAACAACAACAACAGCCCCGAUCCCCUAUACGAUCUGUCAUUGAUGGCCGUUGUCAACGGCCUGGACUGCAAAGUAACGACGCUGGAGCGCAUCAGUAAGCUGCCAGAGCUGCCGCACAAUCUGCUGAUCGACGUCUACGAGCUGAUGUCACAGCGUGCAGAGCUUAAGGACACAUUAUUGGAGGAGCUAUCGAAUCUGGAUGUAUUCCGCCGCCUGGUUCGCUACACAUCGGCCCGCUACAAGCUGCUGCGCAUUGUGGCAGCAUUGAUGGCUAGCAACAAGGCGCUGCCGCGUCGCCUCAGCGAUGCCUAUGUGGGCCGCUACACUCUGCCCCAAAUUGGGGCAGAUGAGAGUGACCUGGACGAUGUUGAGCCGGCGGGAGCUGGAGCUGCAGCUGCAGCUGGAGCCGGAGUCGGAGCUGGAGCCGAAAACACUGCCACAAUGGACAUAGUGGCCAUUGCAGCAAGUUGCCUAAAUCACAUGACGCCUAAAGAUAAUCAAGCCGCAACAACAACGGGUGCAGCUGAAGCCUUGCCCAUGGACGCACUGCCCGAUGAGGAUGUAUUGGCCAUCGAUUUGGGUUUGCGCUUGGGCAGCUUUCUGUCCGAGGCUGGCUGGAUGCAGGAGAGCAUUGCGGUGUUGUCCUGCCUCAAUGAAAGACUGAAGCGCAUGCAAACGUUCCAGGAUGAGCUAAUCACGCGUCUCGACUGCCUGCAGCGCCUGCUCUACGCGGAGUCUUCACAUUGCAACUUCAAGCUCGCUCAGAAGACAUUCGGCGAACUGAUGGAGCUAAACAACGUGCUGACAGACACGGUGCCGACGCCUUUAAUUGCAAUGGCUUAUACGCAAAUCUCGUCCAUGUACUUUGCCCGCAACGAGUAUAACAAUAGUCACAUGUGGAGCGUGCAGGCCAUGCGCCACUUGGAGAUGUCAGCGCCCACACGCGUUGCGAUCGAUGUGCUGCGGCAAGCGGCCAAGGCCUGCGUGGUGAAGCGCGACUUUGCACGGGCCAAUUUACUCAUCUGCCAAGCGGUGCGUCGUGCUCGUGAACACUUUGGCCCCAACCAUCAGAAAUAUGGCGACGCUCUACUGGAUUAUGGUUUCUUUUUGCUGAAUGUGGAUUCGGUAUUUCAAUCGGUUAACAUUUACAAGGAGGCGCUGGCCGUGCGUCGCGGCAUCUUCGGCAACAUGAACUUCCAUGUGGCGAUCGCCCAUGAGGAUCUGUCGUAUGCCUACUAUGUCCAUGAAUAUAGCACUGGGGACUUCAGCUGCGCCCAGGAGCAUGUCGAUGAGGCGGUUAACAUAAUGAAAAAUCUAGUGCCUAGCAAUCAUUUAAUGUUGGCCUCCGCCAAGCGUGUGAAGGCGCUGCUGCUGGAGGAGAUUGCGUUGGACAAAAUUGCCGAUGGCAUGGAUGAGGAGGGUCUACUUCUGCAAUCGGAAGAGUUGCACAAUUUCGCGUUGCAACUGUCGCUGGAGGUGUUCGGCGAGGUGAACGUACAGACGGCCAAACAUUAUGGAAACCUGGGGCGGCUCUAUCAGACAAUGAAUCGCUUCGAGGAAGCGGAGCGUAUGCAUCAAAAGGCCAUUAAGAUUAAAACUGAUCUGCUCGGUCCGUACGACUACGAGGUGGGCCUAUCCAUUGGCCACCUCGCCUCGCUCUACAAUUAUCAAAUGAAGAAAUUCCGCCAGGCUGAGGAUUUAUAUUUGCGCAGCAUCGACAUAAGCUUGCGUUUGUUUGGACGCACCUAUUCCGGGCUGGAGUACGAUUAUUUGGGUCUGUGCCAUGUCUAUGAGACAUUGCACGAAUUCGAGAAGUAUUUGCGAUAUGCUCACAUUCUAGAAAACUGGCAGCUGCUGCGCGGUCAGAAUAUAACGCAGAACAAGUCAAGCUAUCCUGCCAUCGAGGUGGACUACACCAUUGAUCAGGUCAAGACGAAGUUCUUUAGCAUGAAUGUCAAGCGUGUGCCCACACCGCCAGAGCCCAGCAAGAAUUGAGGGUCAAGAGAAGGAUUAAUAAAACACAAAACAAAGCAAAACAAAAAAUGGAUCAAAAUACGUCUGCAAUUGGGUCUUUGUUAGGUAUUUGUAAUACACAAAAGAAAAAAUUAACAAAUUUCAGUUUUGAUUUGAAUGGCAAGAAUGUAGAAAGAAAGAGAAGAAGCAGAAGCAGAAGCAGAAGCAGAAAUCUGAAACAGACUAGAGAAAUUAUCUAAAUUUGAUUUUGUUAACUUUUUGUAUUUCGAAACCGAACUCAGGCAAUGAAAAAAAUGGCCUUGAAUUGAGAUACCCUAUAAUUUUGAUACACACACACACAAAGACAGACAUACACACACCUCGUAAUUGGAUACAUAAACAAAAAA